AUGCACGCGGAUAGCUCGGCGCUCGUGCCUACUGCACCCACUACGGAGAUCAAUCUGGUAUCGUCGCCGCCAACCAGCCAUGCUACUUCUCCCACGCGCGUGCGCUCUUCACCCCUAAGGCCGUCGUCAGCAGCCAAUGUCGUAGUCGAAGCUUCUUCUGGCGGACGUGGAACCGGAAAGUCUGCCAUUGCUGCAUAUUCAGUCGACCCAGUGGAAGCAUACGUAGCCAACAGCGAUCCGGAGGACGACGACGAGCAAAUCGGCCACUCGGAUUCUGCCCAGGCCUCACAGCCGCUCUCCCUUCCGUCUUCACCAGUCCGGUCUGGCAAGAGAGCGUUCGCUGCAAACAUUGAUCAAGAGUCUUCGUCUUCUGUAUACGUCCAGAUCCCGGCCGCCUCUCCAUCUUCCAGGCCACCGCGGCAGACACCUGGCUCUACCAAGAAGAACAAGAAGAAGCAGCAGAGCGACACGUCGCGCAGUGGCGGAUCAGAUGCUUUCGACUCGGCCGAGCAAGAUGCUCCGACAGCCGUUGAAGAUGACGACGCCGCCUACGCAGCCGCCCUAGCCGCACAAGAGGCGACACUCGCCCGUCGACGUCCUACACGCAAUGCCAGGAAGGAGGUGAGCUAUGGUCCGAAUUGCGAUCUUGAAGGACGACCACUUUCGUCAAAGAGGCAGAAGGAAUCAACCACCAAGUCCAAGGUAGCAGCGAAGGACUCUUUGACUGCUCAAAAUGCGAGAGACAAGCGAAGAUCCAGAGACUUUUCGGAUGAUGACGAAGAAGCUGUCGAAGGCGCCAAACCUGGGCCUAGCUCAUCCAGCAAAUCGAAGCGGGAACUCGGGUCAAAACACGCUGCAGAAGACGACGAAGACUUGACAGACGACGACAUCGGUUUCGCUGCGCGGGAUCGUAAGAAGGCGAAAACGAGCAAGCUUAUCACGGCGAUCAGUGACAGCGAGGAAGAGGCGGCAACAAGUCGGACGACGAGAGGAAAGAAAACACAGCCGGAAAGAUCCUCGCGUCGGGACAAGAUAAAGGAUGAUGCUCGAGUCUCGGACGAGGGCGAGUCGGAGCGCGACAACGACAUCUUGACACCGCCAGCGCCGACUUCGCCGCGUCGUUCGACGCGUAGGAGCGUUCCUUCGCCGAAGAAGAAGCAAGCGAAAGAGGCCGCUGAAGACAAGCCCCAAAAGAGCGCAGGAAAGGGCAAGAAGAAGCAGCGCAAAACCUUCGAUCUUGAUCGAGACGGUGAAGAGGAGGAAGAGGCAGAGGAGAAGAAGGACGAAGGCGAGACUGUCGAAGAUGUCGCCGCUCAGGCUGACGAGGCGUCCAGAAGCUCAGGUCAGAAGAUUGCUGAGGCAGAUGGAGAAGAAGCAGAAGAAGAAGAAGCAGUCAACUCUGCACCUCCUGCCAAACCAUCCGCCUCUCCAACCAUUUCCAAAGCUUCAUUAUCAACCUCUUCCCCUGCCCUCACUUCGACCUCUACACCUCGCUCCGCACCGACCACGGUGGCGAUCAAGCGAAUCGCAACUUCCGGCACUUCGUCCCCCACCCUCCAUGCCUCGUCUCCCACCACCAGCGCAUCCCCACGCUCGUUCUUCGGCAAACCGCUCACCACGCUCCUCUCAACUGGUGCGGCGAGACGGCCCGGUUUGACACGCAAGCACAACAUCCCUUCGCUGUUGAACCAUCGCGGAGCACCGAAGGCGCCCGUUCGCGGGCUGGUGGUGUCGAAACGCAGGAUGCAGGAUGACGAUUAUGAGUACGAUGCCGAGUACGAGGCGCUGAUUGCGAAGGGGAAGAAGGGGAGUGAUGAUGAGGAUGCGAGUGAUGCGGAGGUGGUGGAAAAGGAGGAGGAGGAGGAUGAGGGGUUGGAGGAGUAUGAUUGA